AUGUCCGAGGCACUGCACACCGCUGUAUCCUGUGAGAAAUAUAUAGGAGCAAAUUUCCAUGUCACCAUAACUGAUACAAGGAUACUUGAAGGCAUAUUAACUGCCAUUGACCCAUUUGGAAACUUGCUUCUAUCAAAUGUUUACGAAACUUCCAAAGAUAAAUUUGACAAAACAAAAUUACAUGUUAGAGAAAUUGGAUUGGUUAGUGUACCACGAGAAACGAUAGUUUGUAUCAAGGUAGAUGCAAAGACACAUAAAAAUAUAUUUGGCAAGAGCUAG